AUGCUGCUGUUUGGAGCCCUGGGUGACUUCAUGGGGCGCGCCUGGGGCAGCCGCAUCGUGGCGUCCAUCAUGCUCAGCGGCUCUAUCCUGCUGGUGAUGUCACCCCUGGUGUCAGACCCACUCACCUACCUCCGCUUCUUCAUCUUCGCACAGACGUUCUAUGGUUUUGGAGUCGGCGGGGAGUACCCGAUGGCGUCCAGCUCCGCCGCGGAGCGCUCCCAGAGCGACCCGGCCCUCAGGAACCGGCGAGGCGAGCAGGUCGUGCUGACCUUCUCCCAGCAGGGCAUGGGCAACCUCGUCAACGGCUGCGUGAUCUUGAUAUUCAUGGUGAUCUUCGCCCAGACCGGCAAGAGCCUGGAGCCCACGCCCUCCCGCAACAUCAUAAUGCUGCAGUUUGCCGCAGCGGCCGCUGUCAGCGUGUUCAUGGUGCUUUGGCGCUAUUUGAAACUCAAAGAGUCCGAGGUCUGGAAGGCAGAGCGCGAGGACGCGCUGGAGCUGACGGCCAAAUACGAGCACCAGCAGACGUCCUUCAUCUACCGCACCGCCCUCAAGCGCUUCUGGCCCCGCCUCCUGGUGACGUCACUCGCCUGGGUGGCCAACGACGGAGCCUUCUACGGCAACAAGCUCUUCCAGUCCAAAUUUAUAGAGGCCCUCUACCCCAACGUGAGGUCCUGCGCAGCAGAGGCCGGGCCGGGGCUGUCAUCAAAGGGGCGGGGGUCGAAGGGCGGGAGCCGGUCCACGCCGUUUGAGCGCAUGCAGUGGACUGUGCUGAACAGUGCUGUGUCACUUACGGGCUACUGGGCGGCGGCGGCCCUCAUUGACAAGCCCUGGUACGGCAGGAGGUUCAUGCAGUAA